CAGCGUGAACGCGCAAACGGAGAGGAAGUACUUCCGGAAAGGCCCGCAGCCUGAAGAGCUCCGAGACCAGAAUCCAGACUCAGUCCAGGACAACACGGUCCACCAGUCACAGCGGAGACCUGCAGGACGAUGGAGAACCAGAACCCGGACCACAGGAGCCAAACAGCAGCCUCGUGCUCUGAUAGCACCGAUGUUCAGAAACGGAAAGGAAGAGAGGGACUCAAACGUCACAGCUGUCAGCUCUGUGACAAAUCCUUCACAACAUUAAGCUAUUUAAAGAUUCAUCAGAAACAUCACACUGGAGAGAAACCAUACAGCUGUGACCAAUGUGGGAAAACAUUCAUUAUAUCAUCUGGACUAACAAUCCACCGACGUCUUCACACUGGAGAGAAACCGUACAGCUGUGACCACUGUGGGAAAACUUUCAAUACAUCAUUUGGACUAACAAUCCACCGACGUCUUCACACUGGAGAGAAACCGUACAGCUGUGACCAAUGUGGGAAAACUUUCAAUACAUCAUCUGGACUAACAAUCCACCGACGUCUUCACACUGGAGAGAAACCGUACAGCUGUGGGCAGUGUGGGAAAGCUUUCACAACAUUAGGUCACCUAAAAAUCCACCAACGUGUUCACACUGGAGAGAAACCAUACAGCUGUAAACAGUGUGGAAAAACUUUCACUACAUUAAGUUCCCUAAUAAAACAUCGACGUAUUCACACUGGAGAGAAACCUUACAGCUGUGGGCUGUGUGGGAAAAGUUUCACUGCAUUUGAUAGCCUUUUGAAACACAGACGUGGUCACACUGGAGAGAAACCACACUGGUGUGAACAGUGUGGAAAAACUUUCACUACAUUAAGUUCCCUAAAAAAACACCGACGUAUUCACACUGGAGAGAAACCCUACAGCUGUGAGCAGUGUGGGAAAAGUUUCACUGCAUUCGAUUACCUUUUAAAACACAGACGUGUUCACACUGGCGAGAAACCGCACACGUGUGAACAUUGUGGGAAAGCGUUCGGUUCAUUAGGUGAGCUAAAAAUACAUCACCGUGUUCACACUGGAGAGAAACCGUACAGGUGUGAACAUUGUGGGAAAAGUUUCACCAGAUCAGGUGGCCUAACGGACCACAGACGUGUUCACACUGGACAGAAACCGUACAGGUGUGAACAAUGUGGGAAAAGUUUCACUAGAUCAGGUGGCCUAAAGGACCACAGACGUGUUCACACUGGAGAGAAACCGUACAGCUGUGAACAAUGUGGGAAAAUUUUUGCUACAUCAGGUGGCCUAAAGAGACACAGACUUGUUCACACCGGUGAGAAACCGUAUAGGUGUGAACAUUGUGGGAAAGCUUUCAGAUCACUAGGUGAGCUAAAAUUACACCACCGUGUUCACACUGGCGAGAAACCACACUGGUGUGAACAAUGUGGGAAAAUGUUCACUACAUCAAGUGGACUAAAGGAACACAGACGUGUUCACACUGGAGAGAAACCGUACAGGUGUGAAAAAUGUGGGAAAAUGUUUUCUUUUGGUACUAGCCUUAAAUACCACCAGCGCAGUCACGCUACUUAGUUUUCAAAAUUGUCAGAGACAAGCAAGCUGUUUCCUCCUGCUUCCUCACCAUGCUGUCUCUGUAAGAAGCCUAAAUGUAAACCUCUUCUAGAAAAAUCCAGUGCUGGUUUGAAAGGACCUCCGUGCACGGAUUUAGACCUCGAAGCCUGAUAAGACUGGGGGCCAAUCUGCUGGGUCAUUUGGUGGAGCAGCAACUGUUCCAUUAGGGUCUGAGCUGCUUGUAUCUGAUGCUGGCUGAACAUCUCUUUCUGUGCUCGUACUGGCCGACGGUCCAGCAUCUACUCUAUUGAGAAACUUAAAAUUUUAAACAACCGCAUCAAAAAAUGAAGUGCUACAUGAUGUCUCAUACUCAUUAUUUUACUGAAAUCAUACAUUUUGUUACAUCUUGGGAGGGUUAGCUUAUCUGGACUAAGUAAAUGAAGAAUAUCUCAUCCUAUCACAUCUAGUGCAUCAAGUAUGACCACUGACAGACAACAGGAAAAUGUAAGCCUCACUGUUUCUGCACCACAGUCCAGUAUAAUGCAAGGCAAGUUGAUUUGUAUAGCACAUUUCAACAACAAGGUAAUUCAACUGCUUUACA